AUGCGUGGCAUGCUCCUAGCCAGUACUCCUGGCUGUGCUGUUCGUGGCCUCGAUACACGUGGAGCCGAGGGUCGGAAUAUGUACUACUACUACCACCUGUCCGGUAUACCGACGGAUUACUCAGAAACCACUCCCUCGAAGAUGAUCCGGGAGAGAUGGCACGUUCUACCAUACGGCGGGACCGAGGUUCAAGACCGUGUUUGCAUGCCCUGUGUCUAA